AUGUCGCCGACAAAAUAUUUGGACCGACCUAUUCCUGCCAUAUCCCUGGCCGACUUCGAUUCUCGCAUCGACGAGAUCACGCAGCAGCUUUCCACCGCAGCCGAGGACGUAGGCUUCUUUUGCAUCGUCGACCAUGGCAUCCCACUGAGCACCAUCGACGACGCUUUCGAGUUGUCGUCGAAUUUUUUCGCGCUUCCGGAUUCUGUCAAAGCCACGGUGCCCUUCUCUAAUAACGCUGGUUGGGAGAAGAAUGCUCAGAUCCGUCCCUCGACUGGUGUAGCUGAUCGGAAGGAAUCCUACCAGAUGCAGUUCGGCGCGAACAUGGAGGGCAAAUGGCUUCCUGAUCCCGCGAUUCCAAAUUUUCAAUCCUCAGCACUCGACUUCAUGCAUCAAGUCCAGGCAGUCUCGGAGAAGCUAAUGACCUGUUUCGCCCGCAGCCUUGGCUUUGACGACAACUAUUUUAUCCAAGCCCACAACAUCAGCCGGCCUGAAUCCCAGACCGUUUGUCGACUAUUGCAUUACUUCGAGGUGCCACGGGAGAACGGAAGGAAUGGAGAAGUGUGGCAUCGAGCUGGAGCUCACACGGACUGGGAUCUUCUCACUUUGCUCUUCCAGAAAGGCGGUCAGUCGGGUCUCGAGAUCUGCCCUGGCCGUGAGGUCAGCACAUCCUUCGGUCACGGCGACACCUGGACCAAAGUUGAACCUUCGAGCACGGGCGCUAUCAUUUGCAACAUCGGUGAUUUGCUAAUGAGCUGGUCAGAUGACCGCUUCAAGUCGACUUAUCAUCGCGUCAAAGCUCCUACAGAGCCAGGUGACUACUACGGGGAGAGAUAUAGCAUCGCAUUCUUCAAUCAGCCCUGUCACGAUGCGCUCAUCCAAGGGCCUAAGAAAAAGUACCCGCUUGUAACGGGCGCAGAGUUCACCAAGAAUGCAAUGAUGUUAUACUAUUCCGAAACAUUGGAAGAAAAGUUAAAGCAAGAUGAGGGUAUAACUAAUGGUCCUUCCCAGGUAGAUCUAGGAAGCAAGGUCGUUGACGAAAUUGGUGCAUAG